AGUUUUUUAAGACAUUAUUUCGAACCAAAAGGAUUGAGUUCCAUACUAUACUAUAAGUAAUGUUUACAGGAAAUUUUAAUGUACUGUUCUAAUACAAUUGUGGAUCUAUUGCUGAUAUAAGCAGAAACAAGUACUUUUACGAAUUUUACGUACGAACAGAAAACAGAGCAGCGCCUUAUUUUAUUGGAGUGAUUGUUGGAAUGAUUCUUUUCAAGUUUAGAGAUUCUAAAUUCAAGAUAAGGAAGGGGCCAACACUUCUGUGCUUCGUAGUAGCAAUCGGAGUUAAUGUAGCAAGCAUCAUGGCUUCCUACCCAUUCUACCUACCAGGCUCUACACACACAUAUAUCCAGGCUGGACUGUAUGCAUCUCUCAACCGAGUGUUCGUUGGAGCUUCACUUGGUAGUAUGAUUCUGCUUGCAAGUUUUGGCACCCCAGGAUUCCUGAUGGACAUAUUCGAGUGGAAGCCGUUCCGAGUUCUAGGCAAGUUGGUGUAUAACGUUUACCUCGUCCACACGAUAGGGCAGUUCUACAACAAGGGCUCCCUAAGAACUCCCCUGCAGACAGGAGUGUUUCCCUGCCUGUGGCCGCUGUUUGGUGACAUCACGUUCUCCUUCGCUUUGUCCUUCCUGCUGUUCGUGCUCUUGGAGAACCCAGUGAGGGUACUGGUGAAGAUCCUGUUCCAGAAGGACUCGCCCGCUCCCAGCGGCAAGCAACACGCAACAUCCCACCCCGCCUGAAAAUAUACCGCAAUGUUACACCAAUAAUGUUGUUGGUGGCUUUGGGUUUUUUUCUUUCACACAUUCAUUGUCAGUAUAUUUCCUAUGAUGGUGGUGCUCUUGCGACGAUUUUCUUUUUUACCGUCGUUCGGUUAUAUACGUACCGUACAUAAUUUAGAAAUAUGGGACAUAUACGCAUAAAUAAAGAAAGAAUAAUUAAUGCUUAUGUUUUCACAUUGUAAGGCUACUGUUAAAACUAUUUGUCUCAUUAAAAUAGUUUUAACCCGAUAAACUAUUGUACGCUCAAAGAAAACACUUCAGUUAUGCUUAUGUAAUAUAUUUUAUUUAAUUUUUUCUAUUUGCGACUAAGGCAAAUGUGUUGCUAAUGAAUUAACUUAUAUCAAGUACUGUACUAAUUAGAAUAACAAAUACAGUAAAUAGCGAUUCGCUUACUGAUUAUAGAAUUAACCACUAAUGAAAUAUGAGUCAUUCUUAGUGUGGUAAAGUUCUUAAUCAAUUGAGCCUCGUUUCGAAGCUCUAAUUUCCAGUGCAAAAUCUUCGCAAAACAUGCUAGGAAAAUAAAAGGUGAAUUUAGUUUGUUUAAGGUGAUAAUUUUUAUACAAAUUAUUUUGGAAUAAAGUGAUUAUGUGGUGUCUUGCUGUAA